UAAUAUCCGUCAAGCUCGUCUUCUUCGCUCUGAUCUGUGUCUUUCUUAGAAUCCUCGACAUCGGUCAUCGUCCAUUUCCACUUCUCCUUUAUUUUCCUCCCUUUUCUUCGAGAAUCUCCAAAAUUUUCCUGAGAAAAUCCUCUCAUUGUCCUUUAAACCCAGAUCCGAAUAUCGAAUCUGCCCAACCCGAUUCCGUUUCCCCAAAUUCUCUUCGCCGAAAGUCGUUAUUGCUUGAUUCUUCUUAUGGGUUCUUUCUUUUUCCCUCAGAAAAAAGUUAGCAGACUCACGUUUUCUUUCUCGGAAGUCCUGAGCCUUUUUCCCGAGAAAGUCGCCACUUGGGUCUUGUUUUAGGUUCAGCUACUCUCCGGUUACUUCGUUUCUACUUCAUGUAGAAUUCGAUCUUGGUAUUGCUUCAUUUGCUGUUCUAGCUACUAGGGUUUAGCUUUGUCAGACUGGGGAGGGAUGGGAUUUUACCGGAUCAGGGUCAUCGUGUCCAGCCGAAUUCUAGAGAUGGACAGAUUAUUGGGCAAUUCUCGCCGGUGAAUCGGAUUCCGGUUUCAGAUUCUUCGCAAGUCGUAGUUUUUCAAUCGGAAUCGGGCGAUGGAUCGCGUGAUCGGCGGAAAGUUUAAGUUGGGUAGAAAGAUCGGUAGUGGAUCGUUCGGUGAACUAUAUUUAGGUGUUAACAUCCAAACUGGAGAAGAAGUUGCUGCUAAGUUGGAAUCUGUGAAGACCAGGCAUCCUCAACUUCACUAUGAAUCGAAAAUAUACACGCUUCUUCAAGGAGGGACGGGUAUUCCUCAUCUCAAAUGGUACGGGGUCGAGGGUGAUUAUAAUUGUAUGGUAAUUGACCUUCUUGGUCCAAGCUUGGAGGACCUAUUCAAUUACUGCAAUCGGAAGUUUUCUUUGAAAACUGUCUUGAUGCUUGCUGACCAGUUGAUAAACAGAGUUGAGUACAUGCAUUCUCGGGGAUUUCUUCACCGCGAUAUUAAGCCUGACAACUUUUUGAUGGGCCUUGGCCGCAAAGCAAACCAGGUGUACAUCAUCGACUAUGGCCUUGCUAAAAAGUAUAAAGAUCUUCAGACACACAAACAUAUACCAUACAGGGAAAACAAGAAUCUUACGGGAACGGCUCGGUAUGCAAGUGUCAACACACACCUUGGGAUUGAGCAAAGCAGAAGAGAUGAUCUGGAGUCACUUGGUUAUGUGCUGAUGUAUUUUCUAAGAGGAAGUCUUCCAUGGCAAGGCCUGAAAGCUGGUACCAAGAAGCAGAAAUAUGACAAGAUUAGUGAGAAGAAGAUGCUUACUCCUGUAGAGAUUCUUUGCAAGUCAUUUCCGUCAGAGUUUACAUCCUAUUUCCAUUACUGCCGGUCAUUGAGGUUUGAGGACAAACCAGAUUAUUCAUAUCUGAAAAGACUUUUCAGGGAUCUUUUCAUUCGGGAAGUUUAUCAGUUCGACUAUGUAUUUGAUUGGACAAUCUUGAAGUAUCCUCAGAUUGGCUCUAGUUCGAGGCAAAGGCCUAAUCCAAGGCCAUCUGCAGAAAGAGCUGAAAAGCCUGCAGUCGGACAGGAUCUCCGAGAGAGUUUCUCGGGUGCGGUUGAGGCGUGCACCACCAGACGAAAUGUUACAAGCCAUGGUGUUCAGCGUGACCGCCCUAGACAUAGAUCUACAGAUGAUAUACCCUCUUCUAAGGAAGUGCAUGAGUCUGAAAGACCACGUUCCUCGUCUCGAAAUGGGAGCACGUCGAAAAGGGCUGUAAUGUCAAGUGGUAGACCUGGCUCAUCUGGUGAGCCUAGCGACAACCGAUCAAGCAGGCUGUUUCCGAGCGGUGGUCGUGUCUCCACAACCCACCGGCUUCAACCAGGCUAUGAAUCCAAGUCAUCAUUGUUCACCCGUGCUGCUGCUGCUGCUGGGGCCACAAAGCCUCCUGGGUGUGAUGAUGCCCUUAGGAGCUUCGAGCUCCUCACCAUCGGUUCCGGGAAGAAGAGAUGAGGUAAGACAACGAAAAGUGGAAAACCCUCGAAAGGACCUGGUACAAUGGAGCAUAUGAGAGAACAAGGAAAUUGGGGGGGGGG